AUGAAAAAACAUCCACAAACUUGCAAGAAGGAAGUACCAACAAGAAAGAGGAAUAGUCACAAUGGAGAGAAGCCUUUCAGAUCAACUGACUGUGGGAAAGCAUUUUACAAGAGAAUUAAUCUUACAAAUGAUAUUACAAAUCCUACCAGAGAGAAAUUCAUAUGCAAUGACUGUGGGAAAGCAUUUUCCUUGAAACAUAUUCUAGUUUCAUAUAGAAUCCAUACUGGAGAGAAGCCAUUCAUGUGCAAGGAAUGUGGGAAAGCAUUUUCCCAGAAAUCAAGUCUUACACUUCAUAUGAGAUUGCAUACUGGAGAGAAGCCAUUCAUUUGUAAUGAAUGUGGGAAAGCAUUUUCCCGCAAAACACAUCUUACACUUCAUAUGAGAUUUCAUACUGGAGAGAAGCCAUAUAUGUGCAAGGAAUGUGGGAAAGCAUUUUCCCAGAAAUCAAGUCUUAUAAUUCAUAUGAGAAUCCAUACUGGAGAGAAGCCAUAUAUGUGCAAGGAAUGUGGGAAAGCAUUUUCCCGGAAAUCAAGUCUUACACUUCAUAUGAGAUUGCAUACUGGUGAGAAGCCAUUCAUGUGCAACGAAUGUGGGAAAGCAUUUUCCCGGAAAUCAAGUCUUACAAAUCAUCUGAGGUUGCACUCUGGAGAAGAAAAAGAAACAACAUGAUAAAAUGAACCAGUUAAGGCAGAGAUCUCUCAAAUGACCAACUAUAUAACAGAUCAAAUUCACUCACAAAAUCUGCUCAAGAAAAUAAGGAAAAUAACGAAAAAAUACAGUAUAUGGAAUGAACAAAUCAGUGGAAAACUGGCAGAACACCAAGCCAAUAUAAAGGCCCUAGCUUCACAAAUAGGAAACAAACAACAGAAGAUAAAAGUAAAUUAGAUAAAUAUGCAGUUUGGUGAAAAUUCAAAGAUUGUAUAGGAAGAUGAUGAAAGAAACAGUGGAGGUAUGAACACAACUGAGCAAGGAAGACCUAGAGAGAUUUUGGAAGCCACUUUUUGAAAACCCUAGACAACACCUGGAUAUUCAAAUGUAUGGAAUUAGACAACAUCAAUGAGGAAAUAAGAUCUUUCUUGGCAGCACAGAUGAGUAAGUGGAAGACCACUCUGUCUAAAACACUCUGAGGGCCAGAUAGUAAUUCCAGACAUAAAGAUCCAAAGAGGAAUAUUCCAAGGUGACAGCCUCUCACCACUUCUAUUCUGCUUGACCAUAGAUCCGCUUAGUAAAAUCUUGAACAACAUUAACACUGGCUAUGACCUAAGCAAAAGCAGAAGCAGAAAAGAGAAUGAAAGAUUGAACCUGAAUUUGUUUGCAGAUUCAGAGGAAAAAUUGGAAGAAUAAGUUAGGACAGUCCACCAAUUCUCAAAUGACACCUGCAUGAAAUCUGGGUUGGACAAGAGUGCCAAGAGUAAAAUAAAGAGAGGGAAGAGUGUAAUAUCAGAAGGUAUAAAGGUAGAAGAAGGCAUAUUUGUUGAAGACCUGGCGGAGGAGUCUGCAUAUAAGUACUUGGGAAUAGAAGAAAACACUGGUAUAGAACACGAGAAAGUGAGAGAAAAGGUAAAGAGAGAAUACAUCAGCCACUUAAAGAAUUAACACCAAAGAACAAGAUCACUGCCAUAA